UGCGCAGCGUCCCGCGCGCUCCGCGAGGGGACGCCGCGCGGCGAGGGCCGGGUCGCGGGCUCCAGCCAGCCGGUCCCUAACCGGUCCCCUGGCUCGGAUUUCCGACGGAAGGGUUGGACUGCGCAGCGUUCUGAGGGGGUCCGGAAGUUCGGACAUGGUGACUGAAGGAGGGUGACGUGGUCAGAUAAGGGACCAGGGGGCAGGGGGAAGAGGCCAAGAGCGUCAGCAACGCGAGCGGAGCUGGGAGGUGCGUGAAGCGCCAGCGGAGGAGGAGGAUCCCGAGCCCAAGGCAGCGGAACCACCGGUUCAAACGAAAUCUUAGACCCAGCGCAUAAAUCAGAUAUAAGAAGAAGAGCUCUGGUGGGAAUAGGGUGGGGGAGCUCGGCUUUACAAGGGGGAAUCCGAAGGUACCUCCUUCCAGCAAUUUGGCAACCACUAGCCAAACUUCCGCGGCCGAAAAAUUCCCUCCCUAAGCCUGAUCUCCUCGAGGGUACGCUGUAGCUUAGCACACCGUGCGCUCCUCACCGCAAGUCUCUUCCUUCUUCCCACGGUCUUCUACGCCAGGUCCCGCCAUGGAGCUGCGCUCCGAGCUGCCUAGCGUGCCCGGCGCAGCGACGGCGGCGGCAACGGCGACAGGGCCGCCCGUGGCGUCUGUGGCGUCGGUGGCAGCGGCGGCGGCGGCGGCCGCGUCGCUACCGGUGAGCGUGGCGGGUGGCUUGCUAAGAGCGCCGCCGCUGUUGUUGCGGGCGGCGGAGAAGUACCCGCGGACCCCCAAGUGCGCGCGCUGCCGCAACCACGGCGUGGUGUCGGCGCUCAAGGGCCACAAACGCUACUGCCGCUGGAAGGACUGCCUGUGCGCCAAGUGCACGCUCAUCGCCGAGCGCCAGCGCGUCAUGGCGGCGCAGGUGGCGCUGCGCCGGCAACAGGCGCAGGAGGAGAACGAGGCGCGCGAGCUACAGCUGCUCUACGGCACUGCCGAGGGCCUGGCGCUCGCCGCCGCCAACGGCAUUAUCCCGCCGCGACCUGCCUACGAGGUCUUCGGCUCCGUGUGCGCCGCCGACGGCGGGGGGCCGGGAGCGGGAGCGCCCGCGGGGACCGGAGGCGGCGCAGCGGGCGCGGGGAGCUCAGAGGCCAAGUUACAGAAGUUUGACCUGUUCCCCAAGACGCUGCUUCAGACCGGCCGCCCCGGCAGCCCGCAGCCGCCACCGGGGAAGCCCUUAUCACCCGACGGCGCGGACUCGGGGCCUGGGACAUCUUCUCCGGAGGUGCGGCCGGGCUCGGGCUCGGAGAACGGCGACGGCGAGUCCUUCUCGGGGUCGCCCCUGGCCCGGGCCUCCAAGGAGGCAGGUGGGAGCUGCCCGGGCAGUGCAGGCCCGGGAGGCGGUGGGGAGGAGGACAGCCCGGGCUCCGCCAGCCCUUUGGGCUCUGAAUCCGGUUCCGAGGCCGACAAAGAAGAGGCAGAGGCCGCUCCCGCUCCAGGGCUGGGCGGGGGCCCGGGUCCACGGCAGCGGACGCCGCUGGACAUCUUGACGCGCGUCUUCCCGGGCCACCGGCGAGGCGUCCUGGAGCUGGUGUUGCAGGGUUGCGGCGGCGACGUGGUGCAGGCCAUCGAGCAGGUGCUGAACCACCACCGCGGGGGCUUGGCGGCCGGCCUCGGUCCCGCCGUGCCCCCUGAUAAGGCCGCAGUGGGUGCAGUAGCAGCUGCGGACGACGCGUGGCCGGGCCGCGUCGACGCCGCCGCUGCCGGGGGGCCCGGGCUGCCCGCGCCGCUGCAGGCCGGCCCCGCCGCUCCUCCGCACCACAGACCUUUGCUGGCCGGCGCCAUGGCGCCUGGGGCGCUGGGCUCGCUGAGCAGCCGCUCGGCAUUCUCACCACUGCAGCCCAACGCCAGUCACUUCGGCGCCGACGCAGGCGCCUACCCGCUGGGUGCGCCGCUCGGCCUCAGCCCCCUGCGCCUGGCCUAUUCCGCGGCAGCGGCGCACAGCCGUGGCCUGGCCUUCAUGGCUCCCUACUCGACCGCCGGCCUGGUGCCCACACUCGGCUUCCGCCCGCCCAUGGACUACGCCUUCAGCGACCUCAUGCGCGACCGCUCGGCCGCCGCCGCUGCGGUGCACAAGGAGCCCACCUACGGCGGCGGCCUGUACGGGCCUAUGGUCAAUGGCGCCCCUGAGAAGCAGUAGGGCCAGGGGCCCGGAAGUCGGGCCGCCCCCAAACGGGGACCCCAGCCUUGAUCCCGCGGGCCGCCGCUCCCUCUUUGCCCGGUGCGCUCUCGGCGCCUCAGCUGGGGUGUUCUCGCUCGAAGGUGAUUUUAGGUUUUGUUUUGGAAGGUGGGCGGAGAGCUGAGCGAAGGGGGAGCAACUACAGAUGCAGGUGUUCUCAGAGAGGGUGCGUGGGCCUGAUCCUCAUCCUCUGGCCACCUCCUCAAGACUCCUCCAGCCCUUCAAAAGGCCGGGAAUUCUUGAGAAUCAGAGGCUGCGGCCGCCGCACACGCUCCCGCCUCUCCUUUUCCUGUGCUCAUCCCACCCGCCCGCUCUCCAGUGGAUGGCAGGAUAGUCCGAGAGUCUGUCUUCUGUGUCUCCCUCUCCUUAUUAAAAAUUUUUAAAAAAUAUUCGAUCUAACAAAUAUAAAUUUAGGAUGUAUAAAUCUCUUGACACUGAGUCGAGUCUUUGGGA